AUUUACUGUAGCCAUGUAUUAUGAUUUCAGUGAACAGUUUAUGCGUGGUUAAGAAUGUGUGCUGAAAUAAGGCUAUUCAGUGUCUUAUUUAUUAUUGGCUAUUCACUAUUUUGGGUCGCACUCUUCACACCUUGUGUACAUUCAUGUGUUGCUAUUAGUAAAAUCGUAACAGGCGGUUGCAGGCUUACAGUUUUGAAUCCAGAUUCGAUAUUCUACGACAAUAAUGUAACACUAGUUUUUACACUUGUCCAGCGUAGUAUUGAGGAUAAACCCGAGCUAAUAAGUAACUUUAACAACACAGUGAAACACACCUUUAACACAAUUGUAAAUGAUACCUAUACAUUUACAUUUGUUUUGCCCAGAGUUUCAGGUGUUAAUGCCGAAGAUUAUUAUGUAAAAACGGAUAAGUGUUCUUCUGGAGUCGUUCGCAUUUGCCCACUGGUUAAACCGACAACUCCGUCACAGUCUCCAAAACCUGAGGUCACGAGUGUUGUAAGUACCCUAACCACCAAACAAGGUCUACAUUCAUCGGCACAAACCACACAGUCAAGUACAGUUAAACCGACAACUCCGUCACAGUCUCCAAAACCUGAAGUCACGAAUGUUGUGAGUACCCUAACCACCAAACAAGGUCUAACUUCAUCGGCACAAAUCACACAGUCAAGUACAGAAACCACCAGAAGCACUCAAACUUCAUCGGCACAAAGCACAUGGCGAAUAAAUGACAAACCUUCCGAUACAUCAUCUACCACGAAAAGCCAACCGAUUUAUAACGAAGCAAAUACAGACAGCAUAGACGCACGUGUCUUGAAUCAAAGUGCUGCGAACGACGGAUCUCAAAACGUGAUUAUUGCUGUUGCGUGCGUAGUGUCUGUGGUGAUCAUUGUCAUAGCAGUCGUGAUUGCAGUGGUAUGUAUGAAGCGGAAACGCCGAUCCAUGGCAAACGUUCCACUUCAAGAUACGCCACGCGAAGAUCAAGUGGCUCAAGAGGAAGGUUACGCUAGCAUUGGAGGGUCCGAGUGUCAAUACGCCGUGGUUAACAAACCCAAGAAACUAUCAACGCUUCAAGAAAAACAGGACUCACCUGUUGAAAAUAAACCAAUGGAAAUACAGUCCAAACCCGAGAAACCCUCUGGGGCCGGAGAGCUGAUCUAUGCUGAUCUGGACAAAGAAGCUUUGACGGCAAAGCCGAUCAAUUCAACACCUGCUGGAACCGUGGAGUACGUAGGCAUUGACUUCGCGAGAACGGUGGCUUUACCAGAUGCGAAUAAGCAAGAAGAGUAAAGGAUUGCUUGAGCACGUUCCCACCAAUAAUAGGGUUUUCAUGACUUGUUAUUGGUAUUACUGGGUACUUAGUUCGUAUCUGUCAGAAAUGUAGAUAGAAGUUCUACUUAAUUAAAAUCACCACAGGAUUUGCGUUAGAUCUAUAGUGCUAUAUGUCAAACAUGAACGCCAAGGAAUCAAAUAUAAUUAAAGAACCUAUUUACCUUUUUAGCGGUAAAGCUGUUUUAAGCGUAUUGUAGACUGUGUAAAUAUGUAUAGUAGCAUAGGUUUGUGAAAAGCUAGAAAUGAAAAAAGUUACACAUCUUAAAGAUGAAGUUUUUUUGUUUUAUUUUUCUUUUAUGAUAUCUCUAUAUUUUUUAUAGAUAUUUUUCUUGUAUUGAAUUUUACUAUACAUGGUAAUGCACAGAUUUAGGAAAUACUUGCGUACAACUUGUUGUUUGCCUUGUAUUUGAAAGUUAAAUUUGAAUGGACUGUCACUUGAUAUAGCAAUGUACAUACCAAAUAUGCUUUAUAAAUACAAUCAUGCAUGAAGCAAUAGUCUUUACAUUUUAAGUAUGUUGUUGUUGUUUUUUUACAUUUAUUUUACAUUGCAACGUAGAGUGUGGAUCAUUAUUAAAACUUUUGUUCUGAUCGACAGUGCCCAAACACGAACUGUGUAUCUAUUUAAUGGUUCAUAUAUAGUAUUUCUAAGACUGGGAAGACUUUGGCAUAACAUUCUAAAAGAGUAAAUGUCUUGAGCCAUUCUUUUAAAUAAUGAAAACCAACGAGUGACAUUUGAAUGCAAACAAAAAACAUUUCAUUAUGAUCCGUAAUUGUUAUUAGAUUAUUAUCUUCGCAUUUAAAUGUAGUGUUGCUUGUUUGUUAUAUUUACUUAUAUUAUGCUUUGUUUGUAUUCGUGUACAUACAUUAUUGAUUUACAUUUUAUUGCACGAUUAGCUGUCGUUGAUGCAAACCAUUUAGAAACUGUCAUUGGGAGUUCCAACUAAGGUGUCAAUGGAGCCAUUUUUGCAACAAAAAAGAUAAGAUUAAAAAUUGCAACUUGCAGCCAUGCAAGCUUUUUGACGUGAAAGUUUCAGGGCAAUUUUCUUGUCAAUAUUGAUAAGUUUGCAUAGAAAAAAGUAUGUGGUUUUCAUUGAUGCGGUAUUAUCACAUAUGAUGUCAAAUACCCACAUGAAAAUUAGCAUUUGAGGGAUUGUUGUUGGAGAAUGUUUAUGUUAUCACUAUAAAUUAUUUCUUUGUAACGCUAAUUUUAAGAUCAAACUAAUAAAGAUGUGUUUUCGUCCCAUUUUGUAUGUGAACGAUAUGUGUAAAUGUUUGGUAUUGACUACUAUUUUAAAACAAAAACUAUUGGUACAUAUUUACAUCUCGUGAGCAGGAGGUAUCGAUAGAAUUCAAAUCAUGAUCUGUUCUUCAAUAUUUGGGAAGGUUUCUUGAACUUCAAAUUGACACUGCAUAAAAACAUCUUGUAUAUAAGGACAAUUGAAAACAUGACACUACUUACAUUUAAAAUUAUAAUGUUUCUUUAAAACGGCAUUUAACUAAUGGAAUCUCCCACCCAUCAUUUUAUGGAGAUGUUUUUGAGUGUGUUCGCAAAUGUAAAUAUCUUAAAGCAAUUGUUUGUAUCAAACUUUUAAAUUUAAUUAACUCCAUUUUAUCGAAAGAAUAUGAUGCUGACAUACAUAAAACACAUGCUUUUUACUGACGCAGCUACAUACAUUGCGUCGCUUUAUUGCUAAAGUGCUCUAUCUCCAUUUUUUUCAAAAAUGAGUUUUAUAUCGCUGUGUUCGUGAGAACGAGAUCUUUAAUAUGACGUAAUCGGAUUAAAGAUUCAGUCGCCACAGAAGAAGUUGUUCGAUUCCAUUUUGCUCUAUCUCCCACAUUUUGUAUAGAAUACAGAAGAAGUUUUUCGAUUCUAUUUUGCUCCAUCUCCCACAUUUUUACAAACGGAUGAAUGCUGUACUGCACCAUCUCCGGGACUUAGAGCAAAGUAAUAAACGAUUUAUAUAUCUCCAUACAUAAAAUUGCAAAUAGCAUGAACAUAUAAUUUACUAAAGUAAAUAUUUAAUUAUAUUCAUAUUCUCCGUUUGCUGAUAAAUACUUCGGUAUAUUUUGUCCACAUACGUGCAUAAAUAAGUGAGAUAAUAAAGGUUAAACCUUUAAAUGCGUUUUUCUCCAAAAAAUGAAAUUGGUAGUUAGAGCACUAUAGCAAUCAAGCGACGAUUGGUAAUCGGGAUUAUAUCGUUCAACUUUGUUAAUAUUUUCUUUCUGACGGGCGUUUCUCAUUCAAUUUAUUUGUAAGCUUUGUUUAUUUAUUUUCAAUAAUAUACGCGUGUAUAGAUUACGCAGCUUUUUAUCAUUACUAGUAUAAUGUCCGUUUCGAUAACUUAUCGCCUCAGUCUAUACGGUUAUUCUUUUUAGGUAUUACAUUCAUUUUCUUUUUAAUUUAUUUCCAUAGUACAUUACAGUCACAUAAACACCCGAGCUAUGUAAUAUGGAUCUUUUAAACCCAAUAGUGCUGCUUCUUCCUGUAUUUGCACGAUGAUGAUCUGAACUAUUAACUCUAUGAUGAUAUUUUCUUAACUCUUUUUGUAAAAAGAAGGGUUUAAUGACAAGUGUUCGUAAUUUCAUUUCAUCGAUCCUCAAAAAGAUGUAACUCUGUUGCUCUGGUCUCCUUCCUACCAUUGAGUAAUUAAUUAGUCAUUAAAUUGAAUGUUUUUUAAGGUUAGAUUUUAUCUACACUUAUAUGUAUCAUAAAUAUUACUGAGCAAAGUGUGAGGUUGAGCCUCUAAAACCGGUUUAAACCCCAAGUGCUUAGCAUUGACCGUUCCUAGGCGGUGACCCAAGCUUUAUUCUUCUAUUUGUGUAUGUUGUUUGCUAUCGUGCCGUACUGUUUUUGGCAAUUGGUUACUUGCCAUGAAAGAAGAACCACGAACGUGUGUAUACUAGGAAUGCAAUACUGCUGGAGCACUUCUUUAUACUAUACACUCUGGGGCAUACAAUUGUAAGAAAUUCUGUGGAAACAAAGAACUAAGUUGCAUUAUUUUUUAUUUUGUCAAUAACAAGUAUGUA